AUGGCUUUCUCGGAGGAGCUGCGGCAGGCGGCCGGUGAGCAAUGGGACCGGGUGAUUAAUCACCGUUGGACCAAGGAGCUUGCCUCUGGGACUCUGGACUUGAAAGUGAUGAGGCGCUAUCUCAUCCAGGAUCACCGAUUCCUGGAUGCUUUCGUCGUACUGCUCUCGAGCAUGAUUGCGCAUGCAAAGUCCUUAGAGGACCGGAUUCCCGGAUGCCAGUUUCUGGCUCUCAUCACCGGGAAGGAGAACACCUAUUUCGAACGUUGCUUCCAGGAACUCCCGCGAUGUACAGAAGCGGAUCGCUCGAAGAUCCCUGAUGCAGCCUGCACCAGAGGCUUUGACCAGCUCAUGCGGGAUGCAGCAAAGAGCGGAAGCCUUGGGGAAAUGCUGUCAGUCCUCAUUGUCUGUGAGUGGUCCUACUUGUCCUGGUCCAAGAUCGUGGACAAGGACGCGAAACGCGAGAAUUUCGUCCUCUUCGAGUGGAUUGACCUCCACACGUCCCUCGAGGACGUUGUCGCCUACCUGCGAAAGCUGCUCGACGAGGAGGGCCAGCGCCUGGAUGCAGAGGGCCGGGAGCGCUGCAAGGCGUCGGAAUGCAAGACAGAGCCGGUCUAG